UGAUUAUAUCAUAGUUGUAAAGGGAAGGAGGGACUAACCCAAUGACACUGCACCCUGCGGUCUGUAUGCCAUGUCUUAUACGAAUCAGUGUUAAUAAGAGAGACGUGGAACCAUCACUAAAAAGCACAUGUACGGACCGCACAAGAAUCAUCUAGACUACAGUUGCAUGAAUGCAUCGUAGGGAAAACUAGGAACGCAGUUCGAAUAAGGAUAAAAGAAGAGAAAGUACACAUUCGAUUAUGUUCGUUAAUGUGUUAUAUUAAUUUGAAGGCUGAGGGAUGUUGAGUGUUGAGGAAAGAGAAAUAAAAAAAAAUAGUGAAAAAGAGUAAAGGGAGUAAUUAAGUAGAGAAGAAGAAAGAAAGCGAGCUGAUGAUUCCGUUGACCGGAAAACGGUCAGACAUCGUCACGAAGAAUUUGUAAUCGCGGGCUAAGUAUCGUAUCUUUGGUGAUUCUAAGCCUACGAACACGUGGGGUGCACGCACGAGGUGUACCAGGAAAUUGACGAAAGUAUGUUUUAACGACGCGAGAGGAUAUCAUGCGGCCACUGGAUCACGAAAGAGGAUGGAGAACGCUGCGAUCCAUGUGGAUCAUGCUCCUCGCGCGUUCGCUAUUUUUGCUGGUGCUCAUCGCAUCCGAUUUGCAGCGAAAUGCAGCGGAUGCUGCGUUGCAGGAUACAGCGAAGAACGUGACUGAUCUAAUUGAAGCCAUAGGGAUGCAAAAGCCACUUUUCGGAGUGCAAAAAACGGAAAGUCGUUGUAGAGAUGAUACGAUCGCAUACGAUAUUAUGGAGGCUGCAAUCCUGAUGACUUCUACCAAUACAUUAUUUCCAACUGGCAUACCACAGGAUUUCUCUAUUUUGGUUGUUGCAAAACCAAAAGUUGAUGAAUCAACAUUCAAAAAUUAUUCCACAUCAGUGCUUUUCACUAUUUACGGUGAUAACGGCGAGGAACAAAUGAUUCUUUCGCUGGGUCGCGACAUUAAACUUUUCUAUAGCACAAAUCCGGACGAUAGAAAUAAAUCAAUUUCCUUUGGCGUCGAUGUUUCCGACGGGCGAUGGCAUCGAUUGGGAGUUAGCAUUAAGGGUGACGCCGUUACUAUUAUUCUUGAUUGCGAUAAACAGAUCACAAGAAGGCUGCGAAGGAAUUUAGAGAAAACAAUCGGCGGCAUCAUUAUGAUUGGACAGCAACUUAAGGGCGAUUUAUAUUUGGGAAGUCUCGAAAUGCUGAAGAUUGCUCUAAAUCCAGACGCUGCUUACGAAAUUUGUACGGUGUUUGCGCCAGACUGCAAACAUCAAUCAAGGGAUAGAUUAAAUUAUAAUUCAUCUUUCAAUGAAAAUAAUUACAAAGAGAAAAAGGUGGAUUCGGAUAAAGAAGAUAACGGGGAUUAUUUGUUUCAUGACAAGAGAAAUAUACUUAAAUUAACAGAGAAUUCCACAUCAUACGAAGUAGAAACGACGACGAUUUUGUACAACGCGGAAUUGUCUUAUCAGAAUUUCCUUUACGGAGAACCGACAAACAAUCCUUAUAAGGAAGGAUAUGAAAAUAUACGAGGUCCACCUGGACCUCGCGGAUUUCCCGGACCGCCAGGAGUGCCUGGUCCUCCAGGCGAAAAAGGCGAAGUUGGUCGUGAUGGAUUGGAUGGAUUACCAGGUGUAUCCGGUCCACCAGGUAACAUCUUCGUGAUACCGUCGUUGAAUCAACAAGGUAACGACAAGGGACCGGACUCUCAGGCGGAAAUGUUACGGCAGAUGAUAUCGCAGCACAUGCUUGCGAUGAGAGGUGUGGAAGGUCCAAUGGGCCUUACGGGCGUUCCGGGUCCAGAUGGACCGCCUGGGUCUCAGGGUCAGAAAGGAGAACCCGGAGAAAUUGGCGAACCUGGACUUAGAGGAGACCGAGGAAGUCCCGGAAAUCCUGGCAGGGAGGGUAGAAGAGGUCGUCCCGGUAGAGAUGGCGAACGCGGUCUCAGUGGACCGCCGGGGAUGAAAGGCGAGCAAGGACCAAUAGGAUUACCAGGUCUGCCGGGUGAUAAAGGUGAACGAGGUCCCUCGGGCGCACCCGGAGAAUUAGGUUUGCCGGGCCACGAAGGGACGCAGGGUGAAGAUGGCCCUCCAGGUUUACCAGGUCUACCUGGUGAAUUGGGCCCGAGAGGAUUUAUUGGACCAAGAGGUUUUCCUGGAUUACCGGGUAAUCCCGGUAUUCCCGGCAGUGAAGGACCACCCGGUGUUAAAGGCAACGCUGGUCCACUCGGUCCACCUGGUGCACCGGGUCAACCAGGACCUGCAGGUUCAAUAGGACAACCUGGGCCUCAAGGACCACCAGGGCCAAUUGGUUUAGUUGGUCCACAAGGAAAACCCGGAAUUCCCGGCCUUCCGGGUGCUGACGGUUCUCCUGGACUUCCGGGCAAUCCUGGAACGCCAGGAAUGAAGGGCGAGCAAGGUCCACCGGGCUCACAGGGAUCAAUAGGAUUUCCGGGUGUUCGAGGUGUAAAGGGUGAUGAGGGGCAACGUGGUCCAUCGGGUGACCGCGGUGAAAAGGGUGAAAGAGGUAUGGAAGGCGAGAAGGGCGACCCUGGAGCGAAAGGAGAACCCGGAGUAACAGGACCGCAGGGAAUUCCUGGCCUCGAAGGUUUGGAAGGGCCGAAAGGUUUUGAAGGUCCUCGUGGUGAAACUGGACUUGCUGGCUUGCUUGGAGAAAAGGGAAAGAUGGGUAUACCAGGAUAUCCUGGCUAUCCUGGAAAUCCUGGAGAAAAAGGGGAUAAAGGGCAACUGGGAGUUCAAGGACCAAGCGGCGAUAAAGGAGAAAGAGGAAACAGUGGAUUACAAGGAGAACGUGGUGUACCAGGCCCACGGGGAUUCAGAGGAACACGUGGUAGAAGAGGUGCGGAAGGACUACCAGGACCAAAGGGCGACACUGGUCAACCAGGACCCGCUGGAUCAUCAGGCGAGGUAGGGCCUCCCGGUGUUGAAGGUCCACGUGGGUUCCCUGGACCAUCUGGUUUACCGGGUCUUGAUGGAAAAGAUGGUAUACCGGGUCCACCUGGUGAGCGUGGUCCAACUGGCGAAUCAGGGCCUCCCGGACCUUCAGGAAUUCCCGGUGUUAUCGGUCCUUCAGGACCACCUGGAGAAACUGGUCAACCAGGCGAAUCUGGACCACCUGGCAAUCCGGGAGCUCCGGGUGAGAUUGGUCUUCCGGGUGAACAAGGAAAGGAAGGCCCACCAGGUCCAGCCGGUUUGAUGGGACUUAAAGGAAUGCCAGGUCCUGGCGGAUUACCAGGAUUUCCAGGUGAAAGAGGUCUUAGCGGUCUACCGGGAUUGCCUGGCUUAAAAGGUGAGAUGGGACCUGUCGGACUGCAAGGACCGCCUGGUGAUAAGGGUGUUCAAGGUGAGCCCGGCAAAGAUGGACCACCAGGACCAGAAGGAAAGCAAGGGCACAAAGGAGAUAAGGGUAACCCUGGAAUCAGAGGCGAAAAAGGCGAUCCUGGACCAGCUGGAUCUGUAGGUCGCGAUGGUCUGCCAGGAUCACGGGGUGUACCCGGUCCACCCGGACCAGUUGGUUUCCCGGGCGAAGACGGCGAUAAAGGAAACAUAGGUCCACCAGGCGAAAAAGGUUUUAAAGGAUCUCAGGGAGACAUAGGUCCUCCGGGUCCGCCAGGUAUACAAGGACCACGUGGUGAAUUUGGUGCAGCAGGUCCUCCUGGAGAAAAAGGGCCACCAGGAGAGAUCGGACAACGUGGAUCGAAAGGCGAGGUCGGUCCUGUCGGAGCACCUGGAGCAGCUGGACCUGUAGGACCGAAUGGUUUACCAGGUCAACCCGGUGAUAAAGGCGAAGUCGGAGAUCCUGGAGUGAUUGGUCCUAUAGGACCACCAGGAAUUCCGGGAGAACGAGGUCCGAGAGGAUCAAAGGGCAUUAAAGGUGCAGAAGGUCCGCCGGGUCCAGAGGGUCGUCAAGGCGAAAAAGGAGAUAGUGGAACACCAGGACCUCUCGGAAAGCCAGGAGUAGAAGGCAUACAAGGAGAAAGAGGUCCACCUGGAACAAAAGGAGAGGAAGGUAAAAUGGGACUUCUUGGACUUCCUGGAUUACGAGGAUUAACUGGUCCCGAGGGACCAAAAGGUGAUGCUGGAUUACCCGGCCUUCCUGGUCCACCCGGAGAACCUGGUCUCAUUGGUGCAAAAGGCGAACUUGGAAAGGAAGGUGAGGAAGGACGAGCAGGCGAUCCUGGUGUACCAGGUGAAGCUGGACUACCUGGCAAGGAAGGAUUACCGGGUCCACCUGGAAAACCGGGUUUGGAAGGGCCGGCGGGUCAGCAAGGUAAUACAGGUUUGCCAGGAGAGAAAGGAGAUAUCGGUCUCCCUGGACCGCCAGGUCUUGGAGGACCAAUCGGACCUCAGGGUCCUCCCGGUUUGCCUGGCUUGCCAGGAGAAAGAGGUUUCCCAGGCGCGGCCGGAGAAAACGGUCUCAUAGGCAUACCGGGAGCUGUUGGCGCUCCUGGAAUUAUCGGACCAAUUGGUACAAAAGGCCAGAAAGGUGACAAAGGUCGCAGAAGCAUUAAGGGACAUCGAGGUGAACCGGGACUCGUUGGAAUUAAAGGCGAACAGGGAAAGCGGGGAGAGAAAGGUGAUCGUGGACUGCCUGGAACGGAAGGGCCCAAAGGAAAUCUUGGACGUCCAGGCAAUGUUGGACUCAGAGGAGAACAAGGAUUUAUUGGACUACCUGGACCGCCGGGGCCGUCCGGACCAAAAGGAAAUGCCGGGAAUGACGGGAUGCGAGGUGAACCAGGGCCAUCGGGUCCACCAGGCCCACCAGGACCGCCUGGCAUGUCAGUGGGACAGUUCGAUUUCGACGGGAUAAUACCGCCGAUGAUAUUCCGUGAUCAAUCGGCCAGAAGAAAGCGUGACAGCGAAGAUGUCGAUGAAGAGGAUAUGAUAUUUGACAAGAAGCUCGCAGAUGUAAACAAGGCUUUUUCCAAUAUACAACACGAAUUGCGUCUAAUGCGUAAGCCAUUUGGUACCAGAGACAAUCCGGCGAGGACCUGCAAAGAUUUGUUUUAUGGGCAUCCCGAUUUUAAGGAUGGUUGGUACUGGAUCGAUCCAAACCUAGGUAUGCCUGAUGACGCUAUCAGCGUCUUUUGCAACAUCACAAACAUGGGAGAGACCUGCAUCUUUCCAGAUAUUCACAGUAGUCAUAUGCCGAACAUACCAUGGAGGAAAGAAGACAAUAAAACUGACUGGUACUCGCAUUUACGCGGAGGAUUCAGAAUAAGUUACGAGACGGUCGGAGUGGUGCAGAUGAACUUCUUGCGUUUGCUUAGUCAAGAAGCUUAUCAGAACUUUACAUACACGUGCACGAACAGCAUCGCCUGGUACGACAGCGAGAAUCGCAGUUAUAGUCUCUCGCUGCGAUUACGUGGCGAUAACGACGACGAAUUCUCAUACAACGGUAUCAGGCCUCAACUUAUCACGGACGAUUGCAAGAGUCGAAGUGGCAAGGAGGAAACCGUGUUCUUAAUUCGCACCAGGAAGUUGCAGCAGCUGCCGCUGGUUGAUUUUUAUCCGGUGGAUUACGGAUUGCCGCAACAAGCCUUCGGCUUCAAAGUUGGCCCGAUUUGCUUCAAAUAGGCGAGUAAACUUAUCAUACUAAUCUCUCGUGAUUGUUAAUUUUUGCAAGAUUAUAACACUAGUUUACAAAAAAAAAUAUUUUUUAAAUUCUUUUGAACUAGAUAAGAUAGUUUCUUAUAAAAUUUUAGAUGCUGAAAACAAUAGUUAAUUUUCUUCAGUAUGUAAGACUUCCGAAAUAAUUAAGUGUAAAAACUUUUUUUACAAUAUUUGAAAAUUUUUGUAAAAGAAAUUAUCUUGAAAUUAUUCUAAUAAAAAAUUAUUAGCACAUUGUUCAUUGCCUAAAAAGUUUAUUUUUAUUUUGAUAUCUUGUUGUCUAGCCACAUUGCUAAAAAUGUCAUAAAAUUUUAUGUAUUUUUGAGUUACAUAAGUACAUUAAAUUUAAUGUAUCUAGAGCUGAAAAAUAUGUGCAUGAAAUUUAGUGUACUUUUGACAUUAAGUGUUUUCAAUGUACCUGCUUGAAAUUUGUUUUUAUUAUAUUAUAUUAAAUUUUGCUACGUAAUAUUAUUUUUAACAGUGCAUGUUAUCAUCCCAAAAUCUGUAAGAAACAGAAACUGUUUGGUUCAAAUCAAUUUUUGGCUGUAAACUAGUGAUGAUACAUAAUUACGUUCACGAGAGAUGCAAUUUAAUGCAAAGUUCGAUUUACAUUUAAUUCAGAAAUUUAGAGAUUAUCUUGCGAUUUAUAGCAUUCUGAUUUUUUAUGUAACACGUUUUAAUAUAUUUUCUGUACAAUACAAACCGACGUUUUUAUAGACAUGAUAAUUUAUAUGAAUAAUACGUUUAAUAUGUGUAUAAAUAAAA